AUGGCUGCACCUGCUCCGAACGAGGCCAGGAUAGCCACUAAACCGGAGGAUGAGAACGAUGCCGACAGCCCUGCUCAGGUUCACGACCAGCAUGGCCCAAGCACAGAGGCUGAGCCUGACGCCCCAGAAAUGGAGGCGAAUCCACACGCCAUGCACGGAUUCAAGCUGUUUGCCAUUUUUGUGGGCAUAUGCUUUGGCGCGUUCCUCAUGUCCUUGGAUAUUUUCGUCAUCGCAACUGCCAUCCCAUCUAUCACAUCUGACUUUCACGAUACGGCACAAUUAGCCUGGUAUCCGGCUGCCUACUCGCUCACGACGUGUGCCUUGACUCCGCUAGCAGGAAAGCUAAGUUCAUCGUUUCCUCUUCGAUGGAUCUAUAUAUCCUUCUUCUCUAUAUUCAUGGUCGGCAGCCUCGUUUGUGGUUUCGCGCCUAAUAGCAACGCCUUCAUCGUCGGUCGCGCAAUUGCAGGUAUUGGAGCAUCUGGCGUCGCAAGUGGCGGCUUCGUCAUUGUGCUCACUGUUUCUCCUGAAAAAUCAAAACCAUUGUUGCUAGGCAUAUGCAGCAGCUGCUUCGCCAUGGGGCUUAUUCUAGCUCCUGUUAUUGGCGGCGCGUUCACACAGGACACGACCUGGCGGUGGUGUUUUUGGGUGAACCUCCCCCCCGGUGCUCUGACGCUGCUCUCUAUGCUUUUUCUCUUCAAACCUCCGUCGAUACAGCGCAAUAAAACAGUUGCGCAGCGAAUCCUGGACCUGGACCUCAUUGGAUGUGCCAUAUUUGUUCCGGCUGUCUUCAUGCUGCUUCUUGCUAUGAUGUGGGGUGGUACGAAGGAGGCUUGGAACUCAGCGACAACGAUCGGGCUGUUCGUGGGGUCCGGUGUGGCUUUUAUCAUCUUUGUCUCGUGGGAGGGUUAUAAAGGCGAGGGUGCCAUGGUACCGGGAAAUGUCGUCUCCAGACGGACAGUCACAUUUAGUGUUUUGUUCUCCUUCUGCCACUUCGGCUCUGUCGGCAUCCUGAACUACUAUCUCCCAGAAUGGUUCCAGGUCGUAGAAGGCGCCUCUCCAUUGCAAAGUGGUACUCGAAUUUUGGCCUCUGUGCUCUCCCAAAUAGUUGGCACGCUCUUUGCCGGGUUUUUAGCACGAAAAAUCCACUACUACAAUCCGUGGCUCCACAUCGGCCCUCUCUUCAUGUGCACCGCCGCAGCCCUCUACACCCAUUUCUCAGCAAUCGACACCCCAUCCAGCCACUGGAUUGGAUUCCAAGUCAUCCAGGGUCUUGGUGUCGGCAUGGCGCAACAAAUGCCAUCGCUCAUUGUUCAGCACACUGUGCGCGAUAAACCGGAGCUCAUGCCCGUCGCGAUAUCCCUAAACCUAUUCUUCCAAUACCUGGGCGCCACCAUCAUGCAGGCUCUCGGCGGUAUUGUGUUUCGCUCUGUCCUGUACUCUGAGCUGGCAGACCAUGCUGGCCUGAAUUCCGAGCAAAUCGCGCUUUUGUCUGCGGGCGGCAUGGCAGAUGUGCGUGAUACCGUUGAGGAGCAUUUUCCGGAUCUUCUGCGCCUGGUUCUGGAGGCGUAUAAUACCGCAAUCACUUCGACUUUUUAUGUCGCUGUCGGUACUACAGCUACGGCGUUCUUCCUUGCUUUUGGCGUAAAGUGGGAGAGAAUUACCGACAAACGAACAGCCGAUGCGGAGGGUGCCGAUACGGAACAUAAGUAG